AUGUGCUAUGGCGGCACAUCAGUAUUUCAUCAGACUAGUCAAGUUUCAUUCGCGUAACACCGUCUCUUUUGCUUCUUGCAAUUGUUUCGUUCUGAAUGAGGCGGAUUGCAUGCUAGAUAUGGGAUUUAUAUCAGCAGUUGGGCAGAUGCUUGGCCACGAGACUAUGCCAGCUACGGGUGUAAGACAGACGUUGAUGUUUUCUGCUACUUUUCCCGAAGAGGUUCAAGUUUUGGCGGGCAAAUUUUUAUACAAUUAUAUAUUUGUGGCUGUUGGCAUCGUGGGCAGCGCCUCAAGUGAUGUGGAACAGUACUUUCAUAUGGUAUCAAAGUACAACAAGAGAGAAAUGUUGAUUGAAAUGCUUCAGAAAUUGAAAUCUGAUGGAGAGAAAUGGUCUUCGCAGACAUGACAUGUUUGGAUAGAAGGAUUAAUAUUACAAAUUGACAUAUUGAACGCCAUAAUAAAUUUAAUUUAAAAUCAGAAGGUGGCUUAAAAACGAUGUAUUUCUAAAUUAGGAUUAUGAACGUCACUAUAAUAUGUAUUGAAAUAUAAUAUA